AAACUCAAAUGUCAUAUGUCAGUUUUUUUGUAAAAUAUUUUGUGAAAUUAUUUAUUUAUUAAAUAAAAUUUAUUAUUAAUGUGUAAUAAAUACAUUUUUGGUAGCAUAAAAAACAAAUCGUUAGUUUUGUUAUAAUGUGAUAAACUUAUAAAUAGCUUUCAUUAGGCGAAAAUUGUUAAAUUUUGCACCGAAUUGUUUAUACUGAUAAAAUAUGACAUUGAUAGAAGGUAUUGGUGACGAAGUUACCCAUUUUUUUAUUGGUUUAUUUGUGAUUUUAACUGUAUCUAUAGCUUGGUGGACCACCAAUAUAUCAGAACAAAGGCAUAUACGAACCGUACUUCUACUUGAUAGAAGACACAGAAAUCCCCACAGAUCUUACAGAACCCUAACAAACCAUACAGAAAGUGUAACAAUAACAGAAGGGACACCUGCAAUGUCCAGGUCAGCCUCUGAGGGGGACCUUAAUAGACACAUUGAAGAAGUAUCACCUUCACCAGAGACAUCCAGUACUGUCAAACCUGAAGAGGGCACCAGUGCUGAAGUCCAAACAUCUAGUACCGAAGAGACUGAACAAAACUCCAUUAUUGAAACUAUGGACUCGGAAAAUUGUGAACUUAGACAAAGACGGAUAGCCUUUUAUGAUAACUGUUAUAACACUGCUGGUGGUAAUAAUGGAAAUGCACAGACACAUACAGAAUCUAAUGAAACUGAAACUAUCAUGGAACAUAAUUAUGCUGAAAGAAAAAAUACAACCGAAGCUGAAAAUAAAACAGAAACAAAUGCUGAAAAACUAGAAAUUAAUGAAAAUAGUAUAAUAAUUAAGCUUAAAUAUAUUAAUGAUGAUUUAAAACCAGUAAAUGGAAAUUUGGAGGAACUGUUGGGUGAUUUUAAAAAACGACAUUUUGAAACAGAAUUAAAUUCAAACAAAUUGGUUCGGCUAAUUUUUAAUGGUCACGUUUUGCAACAAGACGCUGAGACACUGCGAAAAUGUGGUCUUUUUGACAACUGCGUGGUGCAUUGUUUAAUUCAUCCCAAGAGGACGCCGCCUGGUGGAGAAAGCGGCACCUCGAACAGGGGCAGUACGGACGAGCAAAACGCUCAAGAGGGUUUGGGGGUUGGUAAUUCCAACAAUAAUCAACAAAGAGAUUGGGAUUUGGGCAAUAUUCUCUUUGGUCUUAUUAGUUUUGUGCUUAUAGCCGCAUGGUAUUUCAGGUAUGUGUAUGCACAUUUGUACACAGUUACUGCCACUGUUGGACUAAUUGUUAUAACUGGAAUAUUUACAGUAGUGUUGAUCGGCAUGCACUUUCCUGAUAAUGAACCUCAGCCAAGAAUCACUAUACAUGCAACCAGGGUGCAACAACCAGCUCAUUAAUUUUUUAUUUGUGUAUUUAUUGGACAUAUUUUGUUUUAUUUUUAAUUUACUUUUUUCUUUAAAGGCUACUUAAGUUUAAAGUUGUAUUGUUAAAUAAUUAAUUUAUUUUAAAUGAA